UUGCUUAAUCUGCAGCUAACAUUGUGUUUUUUAAAGGAGGCAGUAACUAAAAAGCACUCUAACAAUGCAUACAGAAGAGCAGCCGUGAGGGCUUUGGCUGGUGGCUGUCGUAUGAAGUCUUUCUAUGAAGCCACCGGUAACUGUAGAUGCAGCCCCCUGGGUUUCAGCGACAAGGGAUGUGACACUGGUUGUGCCAGUUCAAGGUACUUCUCCAUCCAGUGGAGAGCAGCAGUUGAGUAGUAGUAUGGCUUCUGAACUGCGGUCGUUGUUGCAGGGAGAACGACUUAGGUUGCUUGUUUGCUUUCUAGGAGUCUUCAUCUGUUAUUUCUAUUAUGGUAUUCUACAGGAAAGCAUAACAAGAGCCAGAUAUGGACAAGGAGAGAAACAAGAGACAUUUAAAUAUGCAACAACACUUGUGUUUAUCCAAUGCAUCAUUAAUGCUAUGUUUGCAAAGCUAUUGAUACACUUUUUUGAGAAGUCAAAGGUAGAUCGUACAAAGAGCUGGCUUUAUGCUUGCUGCUCCAUGUCCUACUUGGGUGCCAUGGUUUCCAGUAACUCAGCACUGCAGUAUGUUAACUACCCAACACAGGUUCUAGGCAAGUCAUGUAAACCAAUUCCAGUCAUGCUUCUUGGAGUGACCAUUCUAAGAAAGAAGUAUCCCUUAGCCAAGUAUCUUUGUGUACUGCUUAUUGUAACUGGGGUGGCCCUGUUCAUGUACAAGCCUAAACAAGGGAAAAUUGGGAUAGAAGACCAAAUGUUUGGACUUGGAGAGAUCUUACUGCUGGUUUCCUUGACUCUGGAUGGAUUGACAGGAGUAUGUCAAGACCACAUGCGAGCUCAUUACCAAACCGCUUCCAACCAGAUGAUGUUCAAUAUUAAUGUUUGGUCGAUAUUGUUUCUGGGCAGUGGAGUUGUGUUUACAGGUGAAAUAUGGGACUUUAUGAGCUUUGCUGACAGAUACCCUUAUAUCCUCUACAAUAUAGCUUUGUUUGGACUGACCAGUGCCUUAGGACAAAGUUUUAUUUUUAUGACCGUGGUAUACUUUGGACCUCUGACUUGCUCCAUUAUUACUACAACUCGGAAGUUCUUCACCAUCCUAGGCUCUGUGAUUAUCUUUGCUAACCCCAUCAGCUCCAUGCAGUGGGUAGGAACCAUCCUUGUAUUUGUAGUAUCUAGUUAG